GAAACCGUCUUUCGCACUUACGUCUCACACCUAUCAUAAAUAUAUUUCAAUUUAAAUUUAUUUUGUCUAAUUAAUCUUAAUUGUGAUAAGACUUACAAGCGACGUUACAUUGUAGAUUUAUUACCUGAUGACGUCCAUCUUCGCUUCUCGUUGAAGUAACUUGUAAAUUUGAGGUUAGGUUCAUUGGAAAAAUGUCCCUAAGGGCUAUCAAAUACGAAGCCAAUACUCUCGAAAUUCUUGACCAGCUCCUUCUGCCUGCUCAGUCGAAAUAUGUGCAAGUUAAAGGAGUGGAAGACGGUUGGAAAGUAAUCAAUAAAAUGCAGGUAAGAGGGGCCCCGGCCAUCGCCAUCGUGGGUUGUUUGAGUCUGGCGGUGGAGCUGCAGAACGGAAACCACGAUUCGAAGAAGGACUUGAGGCAGGAUAUCGAAGGAAAACUGAAUUAUUUGGUGUCGUCUAGACCCACUGCUGUAAAUAUGAAAAUUGCAGCGGAUGAGUUAAUCAGUCUUGCUAACACUUUGUGUGAAGACGAAGCGGUUACUUUAGAGACAAUGAAAUCAAAUUUCAUAAGCACGAUUGAGGAUAUGUUGAAUAAAGACAUAGCUGAUAAUAAGGCGAUUGGUAACUAUGGGGCGCAAGAAAUUUUGUCGCACGUGCCUGGUGACAAUCUAGUGCGAAUUUUGACGCAUUGCAACACCGGUUCUCUGGCUACUGCAGGUUAUGGGACAGCUUUGGGGGUUAUAAGACGUCUGAAUGAGUUGAAGCGCUUGGAACACGUUUACUGCACAGAAACCAGACCGUAUAAUCAAGGCGCUAGACUGACUGCGUAUGAGUUGGUACAUGAGAAAAUCCCUGCCACUUUAAUUGUAGACAGUAUGGUGGCAGCACUGAUGAAAACUAGGAACAUUUCAGCCGUUGUUGUGGGAGCAGAUCGAGUUGCUGGCAACGGCGACACUGCCAAUAAAAUAGGAACUUAUCAAAUCGCAGUCUUAGCCAAAUACCACAAUGUCCCGUUCUACGUAGCAGCCCCUUUUACCUCAAUUGAUACCAAAAUUUUAAGUGGAGACCAUAUUGUGAUAGAAGAACGACCGGAGCAUGAGAUGACCCACGUGGGCGAACACAGAAUAGCCGCAAAAGGAAUCGGUUGCUGGAAUCCCGCUUUUGAUGUGACCCCUGCGAAUUUAAUCGCAGGGAUUAUCACCGAAAAGGGGAUAUUUCGACCACCGGAAAUACGCAAGGAGUUCUUCGUUUAAGCAAAUUUGUUAACGUUAAUAAAAUUGUACAAAAUGUAUUUUGCUAUUUCGACUUUUAAUACAUCGUUUAACUAAAA